ACACAAUUACUCACGUAAAUAUAAUCUCACAAUUGUUUUAUAAGGAAUCAAACUAGUUACACUUCCAUUUCCUUCAAAUACUUAGGCUUGGAGAAGACAAUUAAUUGUAUAGGUUGUGUUGGAAAACAAGUGAAAAGGAAAAAUGAAGGACGCAGAUGUGUCAAGGCAGAUCCAGCAGAUGAUUAGAUUCAUCCGCCAAGAGGCUGAGGAAAAAGCUAAUGAAAUAUCUGUUGCUGCUGAAGAGGAAUUCAAUAUUGAGAAAUUGCAAUUACUUGAAGCUGAAAAAAGAAAGAUCAGGCAAGAGUAUGAUCGAAAAGCCAAGCAAAUUGAUGUUCGUAGAAAAAUUGAAUACUCAACGCAACUCAAUGCAUCUCGGAUAAAAGUGCUUCAAGCGCAAGAUGAUGCAAUCAAUUCUAUGAAGGAUGCUGCUAGGAAGGCACUUUUACGUGUCUCAAAUGAUAAAAAAGUAUAUAGAAAACUCAUUAAAGACAUGAUUGUUCAGGGUUUACUACGCUUGAGGGAACCAUCUGUACUAAUAAGAUGCAGAGAAGGUGAUCGAAAGAUAGUUGAGUCAUUGUUAGAGGAAGUAAAAAAAGAAUACACAGAGAAAUCCAAAGUGCAAGCCCCUAAUAUCACCCUUGAUGAUCGUGUUUUCCUCCCACCUCCUCCUAAGAAUGGUGCCGUGGAUUCCCAUGAACCUUCAUGCUCUGGAGGAGUAGUGUUGGCCUCAGAGGAUGGGAAGAUUGUGUUAGAGAACACCCUUGAUGCACGUUUGGAUGUCAUUUUUCGUCAGAAAUUGCCUGAGGUAAGGAAGCACCUGUUAAGUUGAAUAACGUACUGCAAUUUGAAUUUUCACUUUAUGUUAGCGAAUGGAAGAACAAGACAUUGUCACCCCUAUGAGUAUGGUCAUAAGCAAAUGACCCUCCCUUUUGUUUUUAUUUUACAUUAUUUUAUUUUUAUCUAAGACCAAAAUUUAUUUACUUUUUCUUCCUUUUUUUGUUAUUUUUAAUUUUAAUAAGCUAUACCAGUGGAAGAUAUUUCAUUAAUGCUUCCACUACAUUUUAUUCUCAUCAAACAUAAAUAAAAUAGACAAUUUAAACUUUGGC